AUCCAAAAAGUGUAGUAACUAUUGUUUCCAAACUGCGUUACCCACUCCAGCCAGCAGAUGGCGAUGAGCGUCUUUCAGUUGAUGCUUCUUGCGUGACGUAUAAUGGACAGGACGGACGAUUCUUCAGGAACAGGCGCCAACUCUUUCAACCACCUCGGUAGCUUGCUAGACAACAUAAAACUGAAAGAUUGACGCUUUAGACCAUGUUAAUGUACAGUAGCUAAUCUCAGUGUUGUAAACGCAGUUCAUUUGACGUAUCAACUGGUUAACUUUAACCUAAUUUGCUUGUUCAAUUUGCUAAGUUGUUAAACACUGAUACUAGCCGCUAAUGCUACCUAGCACUAGGCUAGUCGCUAAUGCUAACUAACAUCCCUGACCAUGAGCUCACUAAACUACUCCUCCCCUGCUAAAGAAGAGGAGGUCUGCUGGACGGAGAAAGAAGCUCUGGGACUGAACAUUGUCGUGAAAGAAGAAGAUGAUGUUAUUGAGGAAACAGAGGAAGAACAUUUUAGAGAGGAAGAGGAUGCUGUCGCAGUAGAGGUGAAGAAGGAAGACGUUUUGAGAGUGAAAGAGGAGGAGACAGAAUAUCAGAUUAACACCAGAGAGAGACAUGACUAUUAUGGAUCCUCUGGGGAGCCUCAAAAACAUCCUGAUGCUGACGAGGCAGAGAAGAGUCUCUCCAGAUCAGAACACCAGAUGGACAACGCUAGCCCUUCCACCCUCCCGGAGUCCCCGUGUCGUGCCUCUCCCGGUAGCACCUUACUGCUGGGUAUGAAGAGGUUGUCUGUGCUGCUGGUGGACUGCAGGAAAACAACAGGACUGGGUGGAACUGUGAGAGGAGGAGAAGAGAAGAAAGGAUCAGAUUUGACACAUCAAAGAGAGAUACGGGACUACUGCUGCUCUGACUGUGGGAAGAGAUUCACCUCAUCAGGCAUUACAAUUCAUCAGAGAAUACACACAGGAGAGAAAUCUUAUAGCUGUGAUCAAUGUGGGAAGAGUUUUUGUCGAUCUGGAGAGCUGACAGUGCACCAGAGAACACACACAGGAGAGAAACCCUAUAGCUGUGAUCAAUGUGGGAAGAGUUUUACAACAUCUGGCUCUCUGACUCAACACCUGAGAACACACACAGGAGAGAAACCCUAUAGCUGUGAUCAAUGUGGGAAGAGUUUUGUUCAAUCUGACCAGCUGACACGACACCAGAGAACACACUCAGGAGAGAAACCCUAUAGCUGUGAUCAAUGUGGGAAGAGGUUUGGUCGAUCUUGCCAUCUGACUCAACACCAGAGAAUACACACAGGAGAGAAAUCAUAUAUCUGUGAUCAAUGUGGGAAGAGUUUUGGUCGAUCUGGAGAGCUGACAGUUCACCAGAGAACACACACAGGAGAGAAACCCUCUAGCUGUGAUCAAUGUGGGAAGAGUUUUGGUCAAUUUUACCAGCUGACACGACACCAGAGAACACACACAGGAGAGAAACCCUAUAGCUGUGAUCAAUGUGGGAAGAGUUUUAGUCAAUCUGGCCAGCUGACACGACACCAGAGAACACACACAGGAGAGAAACCCUAUAGCUGUGGUCAAUGUGGGAGGAGUUUUAGUCAAUCUGGAGAUCUGAGAGUGCACAAGAGAAUACACACAGGAGAGAAACCUUAUAGCUGUGGUCAAUGUGGGAAGAGAUUUGCUUCAUCUGGCCAUCUUGUAUCACACCAGAGAACACACACAGGAGAGAAAACAGCAGGUUUGGGACAGGUAGCACAUCCAGUGAACAGGUCAGGGUUCCAUAGCCGCAGGGAGAACAGUUGAAACUGGAGCAGCAGCACG